UUUGAAGUUCAUUAUAUUACUAUCCAUUCCUGCGCUACUCAGAAUAAUUCUAGUAAAAAGUCGAAACGAGUCGUUCCAGUUCAUAUUUACAAUGAAUACGAUUGUUGGAGAACUUUUCCGCUUGCUUUCCGUGGCGUCCGGUUUUCUACUCAAUAAACUGUUGUUCUACGGAUUGAUCUUUGGACUGUUGAUCCUCAUUGUGGUUCGUCUUUUCAUGAUGGAGCGCCUUCAACGGCUGAAGGCAAUAAUCUGGAGGAACCUGUCCGAAUAUGAACGCGAUUCUGAGGCAGAGGAUGAAGGCUGCAUAGAUGAUGAGUUCCUAUUCAGGGACCUCAAUCCGGAGCAGAGUGUAGACUUACAUCGCCGGCAGCGCUUGGAGGCAGCAGCUAAAGUAUUGCGAAAGGUGUCCGAUAAGGAGGGAUCCUUUAAGAGCCCCCAGCACAGACGAAAGAAUACUGAGCCUAUAAAAUCGAGAUAAACUAUGGAUAGUCACAGAAGAUAGAGAAUUGUUAAGUAUAGCACACUUGGGGAAUGCAGCUGAAUAUCGAAGUUACAGAACUACUCGUCCUUAAAAAUAACAUACUUGGGGAUGCAGCUGGAUGUUACUGACUUACCAUAACCGAAUAUGCGAACAUAAUGAACUAAAUACAA